AUGAGGCUCAUUUGUGCGCUGGCAGAACUGGAGGUUGACCGAAAAGGAGCCAGCCGGACAGCUCUUCUAUUUCCAGGACAGGGCUCGCAAUUCGUCGGAAUGCUUGCCAAGUGCAAAGACAAGCCCAAAGUGCAGAGCAUGAUCUCGUGCGCCAAUGCAAUCGUGGGCUACGACUUGUUGGAGGUAUGCCUCCAAGGGCCAAGUGAGAAGCUGGACGAGACCAGUGUGUGCCAGCCUGCCUUGUUCUUGGCAGGCAUGGCGGCUCUUGAAGUUUUGCGAGAAACUCGCCCGGAGGCGGCAGACAGGCCACAAGCUGUGGCUGGCCUCUCGCUGGGGGAGUACUGUGCCCUUUGUGCGGCUGGAGUCUUGGAGUUCGACGAUGCUCUGAAACUUGUCAUGAUCAGAGGUGCAGCGAUGGCCGAAGCUGCUGCUUCCACGCCACAGGCCAUGGUGUCCAUUGCUGGCCUGACUGAAGAAGUGGUCUCUGAACUUUGCGAGCGUGCAAAGCAAGCAGGAUCUGGAGAGGUUGAAGUCUGCCAGAUUGCGAAUGUCUUGUUCAAGAAGGGUUUUGCUUGUGCUGGAACAAGACCAGCCGUGGAAAGAUUGAGGGAAGCUGCGGAGAAGGAGAAGGCAAUGCAGGCGAAACUGAUCAAGACAUCCGGGGGAUUCCACACAGAGUUGAUGAAGCCUGCACAGGAGAAAUUGAAUGCAGCUUUAAAAAGCAUAGCUCCCAGAAUGAUGCCACCGAGAUGCGAUGUGUACAUGAAUGCAACUGGGCAGAAAGUGGCAGCAGGCACGCCACCGCAGGAGAUCAUUCCCAUCCUGUCGCAGCAGCUAUGCUCCCGAGUACUUUGGGAGCCGAGCAUGCAAAGGAUGAUCGAUGCUGGAGUUGAGGAGUUUUACGAAGUGGGACCUGACAAGCAAUUGAAAGCCAUGAUGAAGCGGAUCGAUCAAAGCGCGUGGAGCUGCACAACAAACGUGGAGAUCUAA